ACAUCUCCAUCUAUGUGCAUGUGCCUGUGUGCUCUUAGACUCUCUCAUGUAACUCAGCUGUUCAGAAAUAACUUCAUCCUCCAUCAGAGUCCCACAUGGAGUACCUCAGAAGAUAUCUGCUGUGGCUGGUGCAGGUGUUGGUUCGGCGCUGGUUCCUUCUGUUCACUCUGUUCUGUCUGUACUACUACCAUGUACGAUUGGACAAAGAUAUGAGGUGUUCAUGUAAGUCCCAGGACAAGGACUGCUGGGUCUACCUCCUGGUCCCCGGUCUAAUUCUGACUGUGGUCCAGCUCUGGGUGGACCUGGUUUUCGCUCGCAGUCUGAGAUAUCUCUGUGGAGGUGCCCAAGGUGUGGUGCGGGGUAAGGUGCUCCCAGUCCUGAUCAGACGGGUGCUGGAGGCCAGCUUGGUGGGAGUCCUCUGGGUGCAAUCGGUGUUGUUGGAUGGAGACUGGUACAUAUGCUGUGGGCGAGCAAACAUCCGCUGUUACACUUACCCCUACAACAACUACUUCCCCGAUGUGGUGAGACCGAGUUCUGAUGAGAUCCACAACGAGUCCCAGAUGAUUGGACUCCUGCUUGUGCUUGCAGUGUUUCUUGCAGCAGCCAUCUUGUCCUGGUUGCCAUGGGGACGCUGGUGUGCCUCUGUCUCCUCUGAUUGGCCAGAGGCAGUGCUAGAGGAUGUUGAGCUUACUAUGGGUCAGCAAAUGAGAAGCAUCGCUCAAGACCAGCUUCGGACCAAACUGGACCAAACAGGAGCAGACUGGAGGAAGUGGGAGGAGGUGGAGAAAGAGUUGCUUCUUGACCAAACCAAAGCGCCAACUGAAGUCCAGACUUCGGUCCUUAUGAGCUCCCUUACCAAUGCAGACAGUGGAUACCAAUGAAAGCUAAACGAGGAUUAAACCAGAAUCAGGUCAGCACUAAAUUGGGUUCAACUAGGGGGACAAAACAAACAAAACCAUGACUUUUGUAAUUGAUUUACUAUAAAUAAAUACAAUAAAGUUGGGGUGAAUGGUGGGAGUCUGAGUAGUGGUUUGGGCUGUAAAGUUCUACUUAGAUCUACUUAGACUCAGAUGACCAAAUGUUUGAAAGUUUAUUAUUCAGUUGAUAAUAUUAUAGUAUAUUAGUUCAUCACCCCUCUGUAACUCUGGAUGCACACAACUGUACAAUUCUAAUGUUAUUUACCCCUAUCUCAGCUAGACAUUAAAGACAUGUAUAAAUGUUGUGUUUUCUUUUGAAACCAAGAUGUUAUCAUUGCCUAUGCUCCUAUUCUCUAUCAACUUUAAGAUUAUAUACUCAUUUGUACUUCAUGAUAUUACUGUAAUUUAAAUUGUCACUAACAUCAAGUAAAUAUAUGUAAGCUACAAAAGCAUAAAUAAACUGUGAUUUUGACC